CAACCCGGCUGACGGUCGACGGACGAGCCUGGCCGAGAAUUCGGACACAACCAAAGAGAGCACGAAUCAGAAAAUUUCAUUGCGUCACGUGACCGUGUCAUGUCAAUAUGGAGGCUGUCUACAGAGGAUUUUCUGCAUGUGCAACAUCAGUUUUAGUGUGUUUCUUCUUGUCGGUCUUCUAUGUGUUGAGUUUAUACAUAUGGGGCACAAGAGAAAGCAGGGACCACCCGGCUGUCAUCAUCAAAAGAUUCUAUAGUGUAUUUGCAAUGAUGUGCCUUUCGCCGCCUGUGGUGUACCUGUUUAUGGACAGCAACAUUUUGAAGAAGACGUCUUUGUUGCACCUACUUGGAUUGAGAUUUGAUGGUCUAAUCCAGGCAUUAUUUUACCCAUUGCUACUGACCAUGAUAUUAUUCUUGGGGUCCCUCUCUAUGCAAGGACUAACAGGACUUUGGCGAUUGUAUGCAGAACCUAUGUAUUGGUUUUGGAACCUUUCUGACUUAGCAUUUUUACGAAGUCAUGUUGUUGCUCCAAUUGCAGAGGAGUUUGUAUUCCGUGGAUGCAUGAUGCCUCUGUUGCUACAAUGUUUUCAACCCUCCAAAGCUAUUUUUAUAGCACCAUUAUUUUUUGGUGUUGCUCACCUGCACCACAUGGUUGACCGCAUGAGAUAUGAAAGAAUCCCCUUCUUAAAUGCCCUCAUUAUUUCAAUUUUUCAAAUGUCGUACACAACUGUGUUUGGAGCAUAUUCAGCUUUUCUCUUCGUCCGAACUGGUCAUUUGGCUGCACCUUGCAUAGUUCAUGCUUUUUGUAACCAUAUGGGUUUUCCAGACUUCUCAGAAGUUUUAUCGUACAAAAAGUCUCAGAGGUAUCUUGUUUCCUUCCUCUUUGUAGUAGGUCUUCUUGCAUGGAUUUGGUUGUUAACACCUUUGACCAGUCCAGAGCUGUAUCAUAACCACAGUGUCUUUUGGAUAGAUGACUCUUGGAUGAAAAUGUAAGUGUUUAUAAGUGGAGAAUACGUGUUUAUGGUGCUAAUUGUUUAUCAAACCAGUCACUUGUACCAUUUAAUUUUUAUCGACCGUACUCCCCCUGUAGUCCAAUCAAUCAAUCAAUCAUCUCUGUAUUCUAUGCAUUGAAAAUCUUUCAGACCUCACCAGUACCAUUCUUAACAUUGUUAUAUUUUUAGUAUUCAGUUUUUAGAGUGAACAGGAAGCAUUGUUCCUGUAACUAUUUCACUGUUGCUUACUAUGUAAAGCUGUCUCUGAAUUUGGUUUGAUUGGCUUCCUUAACUUUUAUUAAUUUCUUAUCCUAAUAUGAGACUAGUGUCCUUGCUAGUCAUAGGUCUUAUUCAUCUUUGCUACAUGGGUAAACUACAGAUUACUUAGCAACAAACAGGUAGAAACACAGCGGAGUUAAUCUCACCGUGGCGUUAAUUUUGAUUGGUCAAAUAUACCACUCUAGAUUGUCCAAAAGAGGUGGACUGAAGUUGCACUUGUAAAACAGUACAUUCUUUUCUUUGUGAUGUAAAGAAUGCUGUGCCAUGUACUGGCUGUGAUUUACCUAUAUAAUGUGUCCCAUAGCUACAUUUAGUUCAGUCUCAGUUAUUUAUUUUUACAGUCAAUAGUGCAGAAUUCACAUCUCGAUACAUUUUGUGUUACUGAUGUAGGCAUUAUGCAAAAGGCAUUUUAAAACAUAAUAUUUGUGUUGGCCAAGAUUUCUGUACUAAAUGCUUAAAAAGGGAGCUCGUUGUAUUGAGUGACCAUGACCAUACAUUUCAUGUAGUAUCUACCCUCAGUCUUCCACUCCUUAGUUUAGAAGACCAGUCAAUUGUACAGUUUUAAGUCUUCCCAUUCAGGUGUAUUCUCUAGCAAAAGCAAAGACUGACUCUCACCUUGCAUUCCCUUUAGGAAAAUGGUAGUAGGAAAGUCUUAAAUCACAAUAUACUAACUGCCUGAAAUUAAUCCAAUCUAGGUUAAUCUUUAAAUGAAUUAUUUACUUAAAACUGUGUGUAGCGCAAAGUUAGACUUUACUGUGUAUAUGUGAGAAACCCUAAUGUUUGUGCCAAAUGGUGAGUUAUUGGAGUAUGUUAAAGAUUGAAGUGUGAUACCUACCCUAUGAUGUGUCUUCAGUCACCUCUCUGUAGAAGUUGUGAUGGUUUUUUUCUUUGUUGUUUUUCUUUUUAUCAUAAUAAUCCUUAUUUGAACAGAAACAAUGUACUUUUGAGUUUAGGAGGACUAUUUUCUUAUACAGUAUAUGUAUGAGUGCAGAGCACAUUUGCUGUCUUCUCUAGUCAAUGUUUAAUUUAAAACAGUGUAUAUAGCACUUCAAGACUAAUUUAUUAUUAUAUUAUUUAAUUAUAACACCUGUUUUGUACUUC